ACAAAAAAAGGUACAAAGGAACACGUCAGUUGAUUGAGUUGUUGGCACGGCACAAUUUUCAGCUGCACAAAAUUCUAGAAAUAUUAAACAAACACAUAUAAAUAUACAAUUUUGCAUUUAUUUAAUUAAAAACAGUUAUAAUUUUAAUUGAUCUAGUGAAAUAAAGUCUUAAAGUUAAUUAACUUUACUACGAAAAUGGUGACACAAAAGACCACGUCAUGGUGGUCUGUGGCCACAAUAGCCUGCCUUUUCAUAAUGACUGCCUCUCAACUACGUGGCGUUCAGUCGGCAGCUGUUAUGUCCGUAGACUUGGGCUCCGAAUGGAUGAAAGUUGGUAUUGUUUCACCUGGGGUGCCCAUGGAAAUUGCCUUAAAUCGCGAAUCGAAACGCAAGACUCCAGUCACAUUAGCAUUCCGCGAUGGUGCAAGAACCUUUGGUGAAGAUGCUGUUACUGUGGGUAUUAAAGAACCUAAAGCAGCUUACAGUUAUUUAUUGGAUCUAUUGGGUAAAACCAUCGAUAAUCCCAUUGUUGAGUUAUAUAGAAAACGUUUUCCCUACUAUGACAUCAUUGGUGAUCCCGAACGUAAUACGGUUAUUUUCAAAAAGAGUGAUACCGAACAAUUCACUGUCGAAGAAUUGAUUGCCCAAAUUCUUGUCAAGGCUAAGGAAUUCGCCCAAGACGCUACUAAUCAAGUGAUUACCGAAGCUGUCUUAACAGUUCCCGGUUACUUUGGCCAGGCGGAACGUGAAGCUAUGCUAACUGCAGCACAAUUGGCUAAUUUAAAAGUUCUACAAUUGAUCAAUGACUAUGCUGCUGUGGCUCUCAAUUAUGGUGUUUUCCAUCCUUCGGGUAUUAAUGAGACUAGCCAGUAUUAUAUAUUCUAUGACAUGGGUGCCAGUCACACUUCCAGUGCUUUGGUUAGCUAUCAAAUGGUCAAGGAUAAACAUACCAAAGAAACCCAUCCAGUAGUGCAGGUAUUAGGUGUCGGUUAUGAUCGUACUUUGGGCGGUUUGGAAAUUCAAUUAAGAUUAAGAGAUUAUUUGGCGGCUGAAUUUAAUGCCAUGAAAAAGACUACCACCGAUGUGACCAAGUCACCAAAAGCUUUGGCUAAAUUGUUUAAGGAAGCUGGUCGUUUGAAGAAUGUUUUAUCGGCCAACAAUGAUCAUUUUGCACAAAUUGAAAAUCUUUUGGAGGAUCAUGAUUUCAAAUUGCAAGUGACACGUGAAAAGUUAGAAGAAAUCUGUUCUGACUUAUGGCCUAGAGUGAUUAAACCUUUGGAACAGGCUUUGACUAAUUCUGGUUUAACAUUAGACGUUGUUUCUCAGGUGAUUAUGUUUGGUGGCGGCACUCGUGUUCCUAAAGUCCAAGAGACUAUUAAGCAGUACAUUAAACAAGAUUUGGGUAAAAAUAUUAAUGCUGAUGAAGCUGCUGCUAUUGGUGCUGUUUAUAAGGCAGCUGAUUUAGCCACAGGUUUUAAAGUCAAGAAAUUCAUCGUUAAAGAUGCUGUGGUAUUGCCCAUUCAAGUCAGCUUCAACCGCGAUCCUGGUGAGGGCGCCGAAGUCAGACAAGUCAAACGUGUGUUGUUUGGUUUAAUGAAUUCCUAUCCCCAAAAGAAAGUAAUAACCUUUAAUAAACAUACCGAAGAUUUUGAUUUUUAUGUCCACUAUGGUGACUUGAAUCAUUUGACACCCGAGGAACAGUCAUACAUUGGUGGCUUGAACAUCUCCCGUGUAGAAUUGCAAAACAUUAAGGAGCUUUUGGAAACCACCAAAAAUGAAUCGGUUGAUUCAAAGGGUAUCAAAGCAUUCUUUGCUUUAGACGAUUCUGGUAUAUUCCGUUGCACUUCCGUGGAGUAUGUAUAUGAUAAACAAAAGAUUGAAACUGAGGAAGAGGAUGAGGGUACCUUAGCUAAAUUGGGCAGCACAAUAAGCAAACUUUUCUCCAAGGACACUGAAGAAAAGAAGGAAGAGAAACAAGAAGGCAGUGGUUCGGCCCAAGAAGGCGAAGAAGCAAAGGAAGCAGAUAAAACUAAGGAAUCUACAAACGAUACUGAAAAGAAAGAAACUGACGGUGCCAAAGCUGAAGAACAGAAGGAAGCUGCCAAGAAGAAUGAAACUAUCAAAAUUGUUGCUGUUAAAGAACCAGUAGAUCAUACUAUUACUUUGCAAUUCUCUCCUCCCAUUUCGGGCAAAUCAUAUGAAAACUCUAUGAAAAAAUUAGAUGCCAUCAAUAAGGCCGAACAUACCAGAAAUCGUUUGGAAUCCUCAUUCAAUGCCCUAGAAACCCACAUCAUUGAUAUGCAACAAAAAUUGCAAGAAGAUGAAUACGCCAACUGCUUGACUGAAGCCGAAAAAGAUAAAAUAUUGGCUCAGUGUUCAGAAAUUUCUGAAUGGCUUUACGAAGACAUUGAAAAUCCCACUCCUGAUAUUUACGAAAAGAAAUUGGAUGAUUUGAAGAAAUUAACUAAUGUAUUUAUGUCUCGCCAUUGGGAACACGAGGAGAGGCCUGAAGCUUUGAAGGCUUUAGAUGGCAUGAUUGAAGGCGCCCAAAAAUUCUUUGAUACUGCCAAAAAUCUAACUAAGGACACAAAUCCCGAAAAGGAUGUAUUUACCCAAGUAGAAAUUGAUAGCCUUUCAAAAGUUAUCUCGGACACGGUUGAAUGGAAAAAAGCGGAAACGGAAGCACAAAAUAAACUCAAGCGUUAUGAAGAGGUAAGAUUGACUGUCAAGCAUAUCACCGACAAAAUGGGCGUACUCGAUCGUGAGGUGAAAUAUUUGGUAAACAAGAUUAAAAUUUGGAAGCCAAAAACUAAGCCAGCUAAAAAAGACAAAAAGAAGAAGGAAAAGGUAGAGGAAGCCGGAGAAGAAGAAGUUAAAAACAAAGAAGAAGAUGCAUCAGAAUCAGGUUCUGGCAGUGAAAAUGUUCAAAAAGAAGAGGAACAAGUUGAAAUGCCUGUAACAGAGAAAACAGUUGAAGAACAAGUGUCGGAAGAAACCCCCACACCCACAGAAGAGCACACACCACGUACAGAUCUUUAAAUAGAAUUUACGACAAAAAAAAAAAAAAAACAAAUUUAAAAAAUUAUAAUUAUUCAAAGACUGUGGUAUUUAAAACUUAAACAAAACUGUGGAUCAUCAUGUCAAAUGAAUAGAAGAGCGAACAUACAAAACAACAUAAACUACUCAAGAAAACAUCGAACAGAGUGAAUAAAAAGCGAAAAAAGUUUUAUAAACCAACCAACCGACAAACAAACAUUCUCACUAAAUGGCCAACUUGUCGUAUAAAAGCUUGUUUUGCUAUACUAAUUCUUGCUUUUCCCAGUAGUAAGAGUAUCAUUUUAAGCCUUUUAUUAGUUGUAACCGAAAAAAAAAACACAAUUUGCU